AUGAGCGAAACGAGUUUGGAAUAUAAUUAUUUUGGUCAAAAAAUUCAAGCUAAAGAUGUGCCUGCACAUUAUCAGAAAUCUCCUAUUUUAUUUGAUCAUUAUUCUCCAUAUAGGUGGCUAGAAAAGAAGAAAGAACAGUUAUGGGAAUGA